AUGACUAACAGCUUAUUAGUAAUGCAGAGAAGUCCAUAUGAAUUAGGAUAUAUAGAGUGGGGUUCAAAUAAUAUCCUUCGCGCAGUAUUAAACUUUACUGGAGAAUUAAAGAGUCUUUUCCUUUUAAAUGAUUCUCCUAAAGAAGAUGCAUCUAAAAAAGAUAAUGAAAAGAAGAAUAUGAUUUCUAUUAACAGACUUGGUUUGGUUGGGGCUGGUAUAUUAUACGCUUUGCUAGAAUUAUUAUAUUCAUUUAUAUUUAAUGGAAUAUAUUUAAUUGAAUUAAAAGCUAACAAGUUCUUAGAUGAAACUGUAGGAUCUAUACAGUUUUUCGAGCCAUUUUAUAAGUGGAUAGUAGUAUUUUUGAGCUUCAUUAUAUUAUCAGCACGAGCUGCUAUCUCUGUGUUUACUUUAGAUAUAUGGAGAAGAUCGAUAUUGUUGAUUCAUAGCAAAUCUAAAUAUAUCAUGAGAGAUACUGUGAUGUUUUUUGCAACAAUAUUUGUAAGCAACAUUGCUGGUGGUUGGCUUUAUAAUAAUAUUAUGCUAGUUUUGAAUCAUCUAGAAAUUGCUGCAAAUUAUAGAAACAUAAUUAGUAUAAUAGUAUCAGUAUAUAUGUCCUUGUUAGUGUAUAACAUUUUCCGAAAUACGUCUAAGAAAAUAUCAUACUACAACAUAUUUAUUAUUUUACAUUGGUGCAUUGUGGGUCUAUUAUAUUUUGCAUCUCUUAUAUGCAAAACUAAUCCAAAUGCUAAAGUAUUUCCUUGGUCUUCUUCAUACUACAAUUAGAUAUAUAAUGCCGAACCUUAUAUCAAUAAUGUUGUAUGCUAAGAAUAGCAUUUGUUAGCAUGACAUGAGUUAUUGUAAUGUUUUACAUAAACAUGGCAGCUCAGACUAGAUCAGAAAUUAUUGUUACACAACAUGGCAACAUAAUUUAAAUCGAUUUUACGGCCUAUAAAUACGUAUACAAAUUCAAUAAAGGUCAAAGUUUAAGAAUGCCUUUUCCUAAGAAAACAACUAAUAAACUGUUUUAAACUAAAAAAAUAUAAUGCC